CUCCUCCCAGGGUUAAUAGUUAAACCAAUUCCAUAGACCAAAGGAACUCAUUUUUCUCCUCUCCAUUCAACCCUCGUUUCGCCACUGGGGUUUUCUUCUUCUUCGUCUUAUUCUCCUCCUUCUUCUCUCUAAAACCCCUCUGUACAGUUCUAGAGACCUUUGGAUGUAUGAGCAUCCGCCGACUUUGUUUAUUCAGAUUGUUUUUCACAGUAAAUAGUAGUGGAGGAGUAGUGAUUUUGAUAUGUCGACUCUGAGAUCGAGCUUGCCGUCGCGGCUACGGCAGCUCUUUUCCAGCGAUGGUGCCAUCGGUCCUUCUGUAAAACUCGACUCCGAACCGCCUCAAAGAAUAAAGGCAUUUAUUGACAAGGUCAUCCAAUGUCCAUUGCAAGAUAUAGCAAUACCUCUAUCUGGAUUUCGGUGGGAGUAUGGCAAGGGAAAUUUUCAUCACUGGAGACCAUUGUUUCUUCAUUUUGAAACAUAUUUCAAGACAUAUGUGUCUUGUAGGAAUGACCUUCUGAUGUGUGAUGAUAUUUUAGGAGAUGCUAGUCCGUUCCCUAAACAGGCAAUUCUACAAAUUUUGCGGGUGAUGCAAAUUAUUUUAGAAAACUGUCAUAACAAGAGUUCGUUCAGUGGUCUGGAGCAUUUCAAGAUCUUGCUGGCUUCAACAGACCCUGAAAUUCUUAUUGCAACUUUAGAGACUCUUUCCGCAUUAGUGAAAAUAAAUCCAUCCAAGCUACAUGCAAGUGGGAAGUUGAUUGGCUGUGGGUCAGUGAAUAGCUGCCUUCUGUCACUUGCACAGGGUUGGGGAAGCAAAGAAGAGGGGUUGGGCUUGUAUUCUUGUGUUACAAUUAAUGAAAGAACUCAAGAUGAAGGACUCUGUUUAUUUCCGUCUGAUGUAGAAAGUGUUGAUGACAAUAAGUUGUAUCGCUUGGGUUCGACAGUUUAUUUUGAAUUGCAUGGUAAUGGUAGCUGCUCUCAGAGUACAGGGGAGGGUAGUGAUGCUUCAAUAUCUUCUGCUAUGAGUGUGAUUCACAUGAGUGAUCUAUAUUUGCGGAAAGAGGAUGACCUAUCUCUUAUGAAGUCUUGCAUUGAGCAAUACAAUGUACCUACUGACCAGAGAUUCUCAUUGUUGACCAGAAUCAGAUAUGCACAUGCCUUAAGUUCACCCAGAGUGUGCAAGCUUUACAGCAAGAUUUGCCUUCUUGCUUUCAUUGUGCUUAUCCAAGCCAGUGACUCUCAUGAUGAACUUGCAUCCUUUUUUGCAAAUGAACCUGAGUAUACCAAUGAAUUAAUCAGGAUUGUUCGAUCUGAAGAAACCAUCUCUGGAGCAAUUAGAACACUUGCAAUGAAUGCCUUGGGAGCACAGUUAGCUGCAUAUGCAUCAUCGCAUGAGCGAGCACGUAUUUUGAGUGGGUCAAGCAUCAGUUUUGCCGGCGGUAAUCGUAUGAUCCUCCUAAAUGUGCUACAAAGAGCAAUUUUGUCACUGAAUAGCUCCAAUGAUCCAUCAUCUGUUGCUUUUGUUGAAGCUGUUCUACAGUUCUAUCUUUUGCAUGUCAUAUCAUCCUCAAGCUCAGGAAGUGCUAUUAGAGGAUCAGGAAUGGUACCCACUUUCUUACCACUAGUGGAGGAUUCUGAUCCUGGACAUUUACACCUUGUUUGUUUGGCUGUUAAGACUUUACAGAAGCUCUUAGACUACAGUAAUGCAGCAGUAACACUUUUUAAAGACUUGGGUGGGGUUGAGCUUUUGGCUCAUAGGCUGCAAAUAGAAGUGCAAAAAGUGAUUAACUUGGCUGGGCGAGAUGACAAGUCAAUGGAGAUUGUAGAAUCUUCUAGAUGUAAGGACGACGAAGUACACUCUCAUAAGAGACUCAUCAGGGCUUUACUGAAGACACUAGGGUCUGCUACUUAUGCACCUGCAAAUACUGCAAGAUCUCAGAGUUCUAAUGAUGUCUCUUUGCCUGUCACACUGUCGCUGAUUUUUGGCAAUGUUGAAAAGUUCGGAGGUGAUAUUUACUCCUCAGCAGUGACUGUCAUGAGUGAGAUAAUUCACAAGGAUCCUACAUGUUUUCCUACUUUGCACGAUCUGGGUCUUCCAAAUGCUUUUCUGUCUUCAGUUGUGGCCGGAAUACUACCUUCUCCAAAGGCCCUUACUUGUGUUCCUAAUGGCCUUGGUGCAAUUUGUCUUAAUGCUAAGGGGCUAGAAGCAGUUAAAGAAAUGUCAGCACUGCGCUUCCUUGUUGACAUUUUCACUGACAAAAAAUAUGUGAUUGCUAUGAAUGAAGGUAUUGUCCCAUUGGCAAAUGCUGUAGAGGAACUUUUGCGCCAUGUUUCUUCAUUGAGAGCUACAGGUGUGGAUCUGAUAAUUGAAAUUAUUAAGAAAAUUGCAUCAUUUGAACAGUUUGAGCAUGGAGAGUCAUCUGGGAAAGCGAGUGUGGGCAAUGAAAUGGAAAUGGAUUCAGACAACCAUGAGAAUGUUGGUCCUUGCACUCUAAUUGAGGCAACAAAUUCACCCACAGAGGCUAUGGGUGAUGAACAAUUCAUCCAGUUGGCUAUCUUUCAUGUGAUGGUGCUUGUUCACCGCACAAUGGAGAAUUCUGAAACAUGUAGGCUGUUUGUUGAAAAAUCAGGAAUUGAAGCUUUGCUGAAACUCCUACUAUGGCCUAGUAUUGCACAAUCUUCAGAAGGGAUGUCUAUUGCAUUACACAGUACCAUGGUCUUCAAGACUUUUACUCAGCAUCACUCUGCUGCUCUUGCUCGUGCAUGCUGUUCCUUCCUCCGAGAUCAUAUGAAGAAAGCUUUGAUGGGGUUGAGUGGUGUUUCAGGAUCUUUUCUACUGGAUCCUAAAGCGAGUCAAGAUAGCACGACUUUCUCCUCACUUUUUCUUGUUGAAUUUCUUCUGUUUCUGGCUGCAUCUAAAGACAAUCGUUGGGUAACUGCUUUGCUAAAUGAAUUUGGAAAUGGAAGUAAAGAUGUUUUAGAAGAUAUUGGGAGGAUACACCGUGAAAUUCUCUGGCAAAUUGCACUGCUUGAGGAUGCCAAGAUUGAGGAAGAUGGUGUCUGUGAUGGUUCUGGUGAUGAAUCAAAGAAUUCUGAAUUUGGUUCAGCUGAUAGUGAAGAACAGAGGUUGAGCUCCUUCAGGCAGUUUCUUGAUCCUUUACUGAGGAGGAGAAUGACUGGGUGGAGUUUUGAGUCCCAGUUUUUUGAUAUCAUAUCUCUAUAUCGUGAUCUGACACGAGCUGCUGCUCUCACACGAGCUUCUGGUCUUCAGCAGCGACAGAGUGGAGAUGGUACUUCAAACAUGGAGCUGGGUGCUAGCAAUCAACUGCAACAGUCAAGCUCUGUUGAUGGUGCUGGAACUAGUGCUCCAAAGGAUGAUGAUAAGCAAAGAUCCUAUUAUCAUUCAUGUUGUGAUAUGGUUAGGUCCUUAUCCAUUCAUAUCAUGCAUUUGAUUCAAGAGUUGGGUAAGGUUAUGUUGCUUCCGUCUCGUAGACGGGAUGAUAUGCUGAAUGUGUCUCCUCCUUCAAAAUCAGUUGCAUCUACCAUUGCUUCCAUUGCAUUGGACCACAUGAAUUAUGGAGGCCAUGUAAAUACAUCUGGAGCAGAGGUCUCCGUGUCAACAAAGUGCCGUUAUUUUGGCAAAGUCAUUGAAUUUAUUGAUGGGAUUAUACUGGAUAAGCCUGAUGCAUGCAAUCCUGUUGUACUGAAUUGCCUGUAUGGGCGUGGAGUUAUUCAGUCAGUUUUGACCACAUUUGAAGCUACUAAUCAGUUGCUUUUUGCUGUUAAUAGAGGCCCUGCUUCUCCUAUGGAGACUGAUGAAAGUUGUUUGAGGCAGGAUGGGGUCCAGGAAUCUGAUAAUUCAUGGAUACAUGGUCCUUUGGGUAGUUAUGGAAAGCUGAUGGAUCACCUUGUGACUUCAUCUUUAAUUUUGUCUCCUUUCACAAAGCACUUACUUACCCAACCUUUAAUAAGUGGGGGUAUUCCAUUUCCCCGAGAUGCUGAGACAUUUGUAAAGGUCCUCCAGUCCAUGGUACUGAAGGCAGUACUGCCUGUUUGGACUCAUCCUCAAUUUACAGAAUGCAGUUAUGAGUUCAUUGCUACAGUUCUUAACAUCAUGAGACACAUCUACUCAGGAGUAGAAGUGAAGAACACAAAUACCAAUGCUACUCGUGUUUCUGGUCCUCCCCCAAAUGAAGCAGCUAUUUCAACAAUUGUCGAAAUGGGGUUCUCUAGGUCUCGAGCUGAAGAGGCUCUUAGGCAGGUUGGUUCAAAUAGUGUGGAGCUGGCAAUGGAAUGGUUGUUCUCACAUCCAGAGGAAGCACAAGAGGAUGAUGAGCUUGCCCGUGCACUGGCAAUGUCACUUGGGAAUUCUGGAUCUGAUGCAAAGGAAGAUGUUGCACAUGAAAGCAGCCACACAAUUGAAGAAGAAAUUGUCCAACCUCCUCCUAUGGAUGAUCUGUUGUCAACAUGUAAAAAACUUCUACAAAUGAAGGACUCUCUAGCAUUUCCUGUCAGGGAUCUUCUUGUGAUCAUAUGCUCCCAGAAUGAUGGUGAACAUCGGUCCAGUGUGAUUUCGUUAAUGAUUGAUCAAGUGAAGCUGUGCACCAACAUCUCUGACACUGGGAACAUAAAUAUGCUGUCUAAUCUUUUUCAUGUCCUUGCUCUAAUCCUUAAUGAAGAUCAAUCUGCAAGAGAAGCAGCUGCCAAAAAUGGUCUGGCCAAAGUUACAUCAGAUAUUCUUUCACAGUGGGUUUCAAGCCCAUUUGACAGGGAGAAAAUCCCCAAAUGGGUUACAGCAGCUUUCAUUGCCAUUGAUCGACUUGCCCAGGUGGAUCAAAAGUUGAAUGCUGAUAUGCUAGAGGUAUUAAAGAAGGAUGUUGUUUGCCAGACAGCUGUUUCAAUUGAUGAGGAUAAACAAAAUAAAUUGCAUUCAUCUCUGGGUUUGUCUCCAAAAUAUCUGGAUCAACAGGAACAAAAACAGCUUGUUGAAAUUGCUUGUGCAUGUAUUAGGAAUCAGCUUCCAUCAGAGAUGAUGCAUGCUGCUCUGCAACUCUGUUCUACCCUCACAAGAAAUCACUCUGUUGCGGUAAUUUUUCUAGAUGCUGGAGGCUUGGAUCAACUGCUUUCCUUGCCAACAAGUAGCAUGUUUGUUGGGUUUGACAACAUAGCUGCUACCAUAAUACGUCACAUUCUUGAGGAUCCUCAGACUCUUCAGCAAGCAAUGGAAACUGAGAUACGUCAUAGCAUUGUAACAGCUGCCAAUAGACAGCCCACAGGAAGGCUUACACCUCGUAGUUUUCUCUCAAAUUUGACUUCUGUUAUUCAGCGCGAUCCAUUGAUUUUCAUGCAGGCUGCUCGGUCUGUGUGCCAAGUGGAGAUGGUUGGUGAUAGGCCAUAUGUUACCUUACUUAAAGAUCGAGAGAAGGAUAAAGAUAAAAGGGAAAAAGAAAAGGAGAAAGAGAAAUCUGAUGAGAAAGAUAAGCUUCAAAAUAAUGAUUUGAAGAUUGGUGUAGCUGCUGUGAGCCCUGGUUCACAUGGGAAGAGUGUUGAUACUGGUUCUAAGAAUGCCAAACUUCAUCGAAAGCCUCCUCAUAGCUUUGUGAAUGUCAUUGAACUACUUUUGGAUUCAGUUGUAGCAUUUGUUCCUUCCAUGAAAGAUGAAUCUGUGACUAAAGAGGGCUCAUCCUCAUCAGACAUGGAUAUUGAUGUUUCUGCCAGCAAGGAUAAAGGAAAAGCAAUUGCAUCUGUAUCUGAGGGGAGUGGUACUGAUAACCAGGAGAGUUCUGCAUCCAUGGCGAAGAUAGUGUUCAUCUUGAAGCUCCUCACAGAGAUCCUUUUGAUGUAUGCUCCAUCUAUUCAUAUUCUACUCCGAAGAGAUGCUGAAAUCAGUAGCAAGAGUGCUCCUCCACGUGGUCUUUCUGUUAAUUGUUCCGGUGGAAUCUUUCACCAUGUUCUUCACAAAUUCCUUCCAUAUUCUAAGAAUCCUCGAAAGGAAAAGAAAGCUGAUGUAGACUGGAGGCAAAAGCUAGCAAGCAGGGCCAACCAGUUUUUGGUAGCAUCUUGCGUUCGCUCAUCAGAGGCGAGGAAGAGAGUCUUUACUGAUAUCAGUACUGUGUUCCAUGAUUUUGUUGAAUUGUCCAAGGGGGGUUUCAGGGCACCUGGAGUUGAUUUUCUGGCUUUCAUUGAUCUGCUUAAUGAUAUUCUUGCUGCCCGCACACCUACAGGCUCCUACAUUUCAGCAGAGGCUUCAGCCACUUUUGUAGAUGUUGGUCUGGUUCGGUCUUUGACUCGAGCUCUUCAUGUCUUAGACCUUGAUCAUGGUGAUUCAGCGAAGGUUGUUACAGGGCUUGUUAAAGUAUUGGAGUCGGUCACAAAGGAACAUGUCCAUGCUGCAGAGUCCAACACUGGAAGGGUUGACCAAACAGAAAAGGCACAGGAGCACAAUCAGCAUGGAAGUGAUAAUGGUGCUAGUGUAACACAGUCUAUGGAGACAGCCUCCCAAGCUAAUGUGAACUCAGUCCCAACAGAUCAGAAUGAAGCUUUUGGUGCAACACAAAAUUAUGGUGGAUCUGAAGCUGUGACUGAUGAUAUGGAACAUGACCAGGAUAUUGAUGGAGGUUUUGGUCUGCAGAAUGAUGAUGAUUACAUGCAUGAGAAUAACGAAGGCACUAGAGCUCUGGAAAAUGGCAUUGAUGCAGUGGGCAUAAGAUUUGAAAUUCAGCCUGAUGUACAAGCCAAUCUUGGGGAAGACGAGGAUGAUGAGGAGGAGGACGAUGAUGACGAGAUGUCAGCAGAUGAAGGAGAUGAUGUCGAUGAAGAUGAAGAUGGGGAAGAGGAAGAACACAAUGAUCUCGAGGAAGAUGAAGUGCAUCACUUGCCCCAUAAUGACACUGAUCAAGAUGACCAUGAAAUUGAUGAAGAUGAGUUUGAUGAGGAGGUGAUGGAAGAAGAGGAUGAGGAUGAUGAGGACGAAGAUGAUGGUCUCAUACUUAGGUUUGGUGAUGGAAUGAAUGGCCUUAAUGUAUUGGACCAUAUUGAGGUUUUUGGCAGAGAUAACAGUUUCUCUAACGAGACUCUUCAUGUUAUGCCUGUUGAAGUUUUUGGCUCCAGGCGACCAGGGCGUACUACAUCAAUAUACAAUCUACUUGGAAGAAGCAGUGAUAGCAGUAUUCCUUCUUUGCAUCCACUUUUGGUGGAACCAUCUUCUUCAUUGCACGUGGGCCAUCUAAGACAAUCAGAGAAUGCCCGUGAUCAUUACUCUGAUAGGAACCAAGAGGGAACACCAUCUCGUUUAGAGUCUUUCUUCCGGUCACUGCGAAAUGGGCGUCAUGGUCAUCGGUUGAACUUGUGGUCCAGUGAUAACCAACAAAGUGGUGGAUCUAAUGUGUCUGCUGUUCCACAGGGUCUUGAAGAUUUAGUUGUUAGCCAUCUGAGGCGACCAGAACCAGGGAAGCCUUCUGACCAUGAAGCAGCAGCAGUGGAGUCUCAGAGUAAAGGUGAUGCAAACCAAUUUCCAGGAUCAGCUGGGACAACUUCUGAACACCCCACAGAAACCAAUGAGAACGAUGAAAACAGGCAAACAUCUCCUCUAUCUGCGGUGCCAGAUGGUUCUGGAAAUUCUGAUAUGGCACCUGUGGCAAAUGCAGCUACUCAGAGAACAGAUGCAUCCAGCAGACCACCUCAAUCUAUUGAAAUGCAGUUUGAGCAGAAUGAGGUUGUGCGUGAUGUUGAAGCUGUUAGCCAGGAGAGCAGUGAAAGUGGGGCAACUCUAGGGGAGAGUCUUCGAAGUCUUGAUGUUGAAAUUGGAAGUGCAGAUGGCCAUGAUGAUGGUGGGGAUAGGCAUGGUGUGGCAGAUAAUCGGACAAGACGGACCAAUGUAUCAUUUGGAAAUACUGCACCAGUUAGUGGCAGGGAUGCACCACUCACUAGUGUAUCUGAGGUUUCUGAACCUCCAAAUCAAGAAGCAGAACAAACUGGUCCAUCUGAGGAACAGCAAGAAAAUACUGAUACUGAUACUGUGUCUAUUGAUCCUGCAUUUUUAGAGGCACUUCCAGAGGAGUUGAGAGCAGAGGUUCUUUCUGCUCAACAGGGUCAAGUGGCUCAACCUCAAAAUGCUGACGCACAGAACACUGGAGAUAUUGAUCCAGAGUUUUUAGCUGCACUGCCACCAGAUAUCCGGGAAGAAGUUUUGGCUCAGCAACGAGCACAAAGGCUGCAGCAAUCACAGGAGCUAGAAGGGCAACCUGUUGAGAUGGAUACAGUCUCUAUUAUCGCAACAUUCCCUUCUGAUUUACGAGAAGAGGUUCUUUUGACAUCUUCAGAUGCUAUACUUGCAAACCUCACACCUGCACUUGUGGCAGAAGCAAAUUUGUUGCGUGAAAGGUUUGCACGGAGAUACAAUCGAACACUUUUUGGUGUAUAUCCUAGAAGUCGUAGAGGUGAAUCCUCUAGAAGAGGUGAAGGCAUUGAUAGGGCAGGUGGAGCUCGUAGAUCCCUUGGAAACAAGCCUGUGGAGGCAGAUGGGUCACCUUUAGUUGACGUAGAGGAUUUGAAGGCGUUGAUUCGUUUGCUUCGUAUAGUCCAGCCACUUUACAAAGGCCAGCUACAGAGGGUUUUACUGAAUCUCAGUGCACAUGCUGUUACCAGAACUUCUCUAAUAAAAAUCCUUAUGGACUUGUUGAUGCUUGAUGUAAGGAAGCCUGCCAACAGUCUGAAUACUUCUGAGCCUCCUUAUAGGUUGUAUGCCUGCCAAAGUAAUGUCAUGUAUUCUCGCCCACAACAUUUUGACGGCAUCCCACCUCUGGUAUCGCGGCGUGUCUUAGAGACACUUACAUACUUGGCCCGGAAUCAUUCCUUAGUUGCAAAGGCUCUACUGGAGUUUAGAGUCACGCCAUCACUACAAGAAGAAUCCAGGAACCCUGAACAGAGACAAGGAAAGGCUGUGAUGGUUGUUGACUAUGAUGAGCAGCAGCUUGAAGGACAAGUAUCUCUGGCAUUAUUGUUGGGGCUGUUGAAUCACCCACUUUAUUUAAGGAGUGUUGCCCAUUUAGAGCAGCUUUUAAACCUGUUGGAUGUCAUUGUUGAUAAUGUUGAAGGCAAGUCAAAUGCUCCUGAUGAGCCUGCACCAUCUACCACCGAGCAGCCAUCUGCUCCUCAAAAUUCUUCCUCAGAUGCUGAAAUGAAUGAUGAAUCUCGUAUUACGUCAUCAGAAGUUGAUGAACAGUCUAAGCCUUCAUCAUCCACUGAAAGAGAAAAUGAUGCCCAUAGUAUUCUGCUUAAUCUCCCACGAGCAGAGCUCCAACUUCUGUGUUCAUUACUUGCACGAGAAGGCCUGUCAGACAAUGCAUAUGCUUUGGUAGCAGAGGUACUGAAAAAGCUGGUGGCUAUUGUCCCUGUGCAUUGCCAUUUAUUUACUGCUGAACUGGCUAGCUCUAUUCAAAUUCUGACCAAGUCUGCAAUGGAUGAGUUACGCAACUUUGCUGAAGUAGAGAAAGCACUAUUCAGUACUAGUUCCACUGAUGGGGCUGCAAUUCUCAGGGUUCUCCAGGCAUUGACCUCUCUUGUUCCAUCACUUAGUGAAAAGGGCAAGGAUCCUCAAGUUCCUGCUGGGACAGAGCAUGCUGCUGACAUUUCCUUGGUUUCGGAUAUCAAUACUGCUUUAGAGCCUCUUUGGCUUGAGCUCAGUACUUGCAUAAGCAAAAUAGAAAGCUUCUCUGAUACAUCAGCUGAUGUGUCACGAUCUUCAAUUGUUUCCACAUCUAAGGCUUCUGGUGUUAUGCCUCCACUUCCUGCUGGUACUCAGAAUAUCUUACCUUACAUUGAGUCCUUUUUUGUGAUGUGUGAGAAGUUGCAACCUGGUCAAUCAGGUGCAGGAGGUGAUUUUGGUAUUGCUGUUUCUGAUGUUGAAGAUGCCAUUGCUUCUGCUUCCCAGCAGAAAUCUUUAGGACUUGCAAUCAAGUUUGAUGAAAAAAAUGUUGCUUUUGUGAAGUUUGCUGAAAAGCACAGGAAACUUCUGAAUGCUUUCAUUCGCCAAAACCCUGGAUUACUUGAGAAGUCUUUCUCAAUUAUGCUGAAGGUUCCUCGCUUUGUUGAUUUUGACAAUAAAAGAUCUCAUUUUAGAUCUAAGAUUAAACAUCAGCAUGAUCAUCACCACAGUCCCUUGAGAAUUUCUGUGAGACGUGCAUAUAUUCUUGAAGAUUCGUAUAAUCAGUUGCGCAUGAGGUCAACUCAAGAACUGAAAGGGAGGUUAACUGUUCACUUCCAAGGGGAAGAAGGAAUUGAUGCUGGUGGACUUACCAGGGAAUGGUACCAGUUGUUGUCCAGGGUAAUUUUUGACAAAGGAGCAUUAUUAUUUACAACAGUUGGCAAUGAAUCUACAUUUCAGCCAAAUCCCAACUCUGUUUACCAAACUGAGCAUCUCUCAUACUUCAAAUUUGUGGGGCGAGUUGUUGGGAAGGCACUUUUUGAUGGUCAACUUUUGGAUGUUCACUUCACAAGGUCCUUCUACAAGCAUAUUCUUGGGUCUAAAGUGACGUAUCAUGACAUUGAAGCCAUUGAUCCUGAUUACUUUAAAAAUUUGAAAUGGCUGCUUGAGAAUGACAUAAGUGAUGUUUUGGACCUUACAUUCAGCAUCGAUGCUGAUGAAGAGAAGCUGAUACUUUAUGAACGCAAUGAGGUUACUGAUUAUGAACUUAUCCCUGGUGGUCGAAACAUUCGAGUUACUGAGGAAAAUAAGCACCAAUAUGUUGACUUGGUUGCGGAACACCGCUUGACAACUGCCAUCCGUCCUCAGAUAAAUGCAUUCUUGGAAGGGUUCACUGAAUUAAUUCCACGGGAACUGAUAUCAAUCUUUAAUGAUAAGGAAUUGGAACUAUUGAUAAGUGGCCUGCCUGAUAUUGAUUUGGACGACAUGAGAGCAAAUACGGAGUACUCUGGGUAUAGUGCAGCAUCACCUGUUAUACAAUGGUUUUGGGAGGUUGUUCAGGGUUUCAGCAAGGAAGAUAAGGCUCGGUUGCUACAGUUUGUGACUGGUACCUCUAAGGUUCCCCUUGAAGGUUUUAGUGCUCUGCAAGGUAUAUCCGGGUCCCAGAAGUUUCAGAUCCACAAGGCAUAUGGUAGCGCCAAUCACUUGCCUUCGGCACAUACAUGUUUCAACCAGUUGGAUCUGCCAGAGUAUCCUUCUAAGCAGCAUCUAGAGGAGAGGCUACUGCUGGCUAUUCAUGAAGCAAAUGAAGGUUUUGGAUUCGGUUAAGGGGGGGCAGGCAUAGGUUGGGGAGAAGAGUGUAGAUAAAUCUUUCUGCUAAAACUUGUUCGUUUACAGAAAUGUUGCCGAAGGGCAUUUCUAAAUCUUUGAUAUGCUUGUCUAUAUACUUACUGUACAGAUUAUAUUUUUUAUGACAAGUGUUUUUGGGCAGUUUUUAUUUUGCCAAUAAUUCA